CAGCUUUGCUCUCUGCUCUCAGCAGUCGCGCUCUGCGAGCAGCGCUGGCUCGCUCCGAUAUUUCAACUCGCUGUGGAUUGUGGGAGACGGGGACACUGCCCAGGCUUGUUACCGGAGACCGAGAGGAAAAUUUUUCCGCUCCUCUCUCGCAUUUAGCCUGACGCUGCUAGCAGUGACAGCAUCAUGUCCAGCCGAGGAGGAAAGAAGAAGUCGACCAAGACCUCGCGGUCCACCAAGGCCGGGGUCAUCUUCCCCGUGGGGCGUAUGCUGCGCUACAUCAAGAGGGGAUUGCCUAAAUACCGCAUCGGGGUGGGAGCUCCUGUCUACCUGGCUGCUGUCCUCGAGUAUCUUACUGCUGAGAUUCUGGAGUUGGCAGGUAACGCGGCCAGAGACAAUAAAAAAGGCCGUGUGACACCACGACACAUCCUGCUGGCCAUCGCCAACGAUGAGGAGCUGAACCAGUUGCUAAAAGGCGUGACCAUUGCAGCAGGUGGAGUCCUGCCCAACAUCCAUCCAGAGCUGCUGGCCAAGAAGAGAGGCGCCAAGGGGAAACUGGAGACGCCUGUCUCACCUGCCCCCGAGAAGAAACCCAAGUCGGUCAAGAAAACGACAGCUAAGAAACUGAGUGGGAAAAAGGCAGGAGGCAAGGCUAAGAAACAGGGUGAGGUGAGCAAGGCGGCGUCAGCGGACAGCACUACAGAGGGAUCUCCAUCUGACAGCUUCACUGUGCUCUCCACCAAGAGCCUUUUCCUGGGUCAAAAGCUCAACCUCAUCCACAGCGAGGUCAGUAACUUGGCUGGCUUUGACGUGGAGGGGGUCAUCAACCCCACCAAUGCUGAACUUGAACUUAAAGAUGAUCUAGGCUCUGCUCUGGAGAAAAAGGGGGGUAAAGAGUUCGCCGAUGCAGUGCAAGAGCUGAAGAAGAAAAACGGCCCUCUGGAGGUGGCUGGUGCCGUGUUGACCGCUGGCUUUGGCCUGCCUGCUAAGUACGUUAUCCACUGUAACAGUCCAGGCUGGGGCUCCGACAAGUGCGAGGAGAUGCUGGACAAGACGGUGAAGAACUGCCUCGCUCUGGCAGAUGAGAAGAAACUGAAGUCUGUGGCCUUUCCCUCCAUCGGGAGUGGAAGGAAUGGUUUCCCGAAGCAGACGGCAGCCCAGCUGAUCCUCAAGGCCAUCUCCAGUUAUUUUGUGGCCACCAUGUCUUCCACCAUCAAGACCGUCUACUUCGUGCUGUUUGACAGCGAGAGCAUCGGGAUCUAUGUGCAAGAAAUGGCGAAGCUGGAGACGAGCUAAAAGUACGGAAUAUUCCCCUCCUUGUUUUUACCUGCAAGGAAAGAAGGCGGCGUUUACUAGUGAUCGGUUAAUUUUGAAGAGAAGAAGAAGAAAAAGAAAAAUUUUUCUUAAGGCUGGGAACUUGUUUUUGCAUUAAGUUUGUAAAAUUCCUAUAUCGUUUUUAAUUUCCUAUUUACUUGUCAUCACUGGCAUUUAAAUGUAGACGUGCACUGUUCAUUCUGCGGUCUUUUAACACACAGUGCCACACAAAACAGAUUGAACAAGUGAGAACACUUACUCUAAGAUUUAAUUUUCAGAACAUAUACAGUUUAAAAAGAUGCUAUGAGACAUUGCUACACCUCAAGUACAAAAGGCUUCCAGAGAAGGCCGAUAAAUACGGGUUAAUGCAUGUAAACGCAGUACAGUCAAUAAAAACAGCUACCCUCAUCCUUUCGUGCUUAGUAACACAGGACACUUAAUCGUGUGUUGUAUUUUUUUGGGUAUUAAUUCUACAUUUUUGGAUAAUUUCUGUUGGUAUCGCACUGUGUAAUGAAAAGCGUAAAGAAAAGUUCCGUUUGGUUUGGUCUUUACGAGACCUGUGUUAAAGACUAAAGGAGUGAGUUUUUGUGUUGUGUGUUGCAAAUCUCUUUUUUUUUUUUUUUUUUUUUCUUUUUUUGCCUUUGAUUCCACAGGCAAAAGAUGCUUUCGCAGUCUGCUGCAGAUGCCUUCAAUUUCCAAGAAAAACCUCAAUUGGAAAGAGUUUAUUGAUAUGUCUUGACCCUACUAUUAAGAGUUUAUACUUGCACCUGGAAAAAUGUACAUUUAAAUUGAAUAAGUGGAGAUUGGAGGUCUUUGCAGAGCAACAAUGGGUUAUAUUGUGUGUUCCUAUAAGUGUUUAUAUAGAUGGAGUAUUUGUGAAAUGUUAUAGUAAAAUAAUGAACUGUAACAUAGAUUUUUAUUUUCUAUUUUAAUUUUCUGACUGAUUCUAAGUGGCACGGUAUUUGGAAGGAAAAAAAAAAAUGUAGAAGUGUGUUUGUCUUUGUUAAGCCAUAAAACAUACAGUAUGUACUCAUUCAGAGGCUGUCUUGCUGUUGCUUUUGGUUUUUGGUUCUUUCCAUUCAGCCACCACCAGAUGGCGCCCUAUAAUCACAAAUUGGACUUUCCAUCUCAGCCAUUUUCUUGUGCAGCAGCAGACCUCUUCACACAGACAGCGGUUGAUUUGAGGUUGGAUUUGAAUUGGGACUAUUUGAACGUCUAUGAGGAACCGGACUGUUUUGCUGCAUUUAGACUUUUCAACAGUCUAACUUUUUAUGGGAAAAAAAAAAGUAAGGUGCUUUCUAAUAAUUGCUACAAUUGAUGAUUGCAAAAGGUCUGUACACACUCCGGUAAUAAAAUACCUUCAAACAUU